GACAGUGCUGCAGGGAAUUUGUUCCGGCGAGAAAUACUAAACUAUUUGUGAAUGUACAGACGAAGAGGAACUUCAGUGUUAAUAUUGUACAAUAAUUAAAUGUUCAUGUAAUACCAUUAAACUGGAAUCCGUUGUUAUGUUGAGGUUGAGUAAAUAAAUGACACAUCCUCCGGACUCGAGACUGACAUGUGCAACAAUCGUGCGAGUGGAAGCAUGGCAGCACCUACGGGGUCGAGAUCCUCCAUACCGAACCCCUCAGGUAUGGAGGGUUUCCUUGUUUCAGGUAGACCACCGGAGGACAGCACGGGUAAAGACCAGACCAUCACGGCUGAACCGAAAAAGAAGCCCUGUAGAGCUUGUUCAGAUUUUAAGUCAUGGAUGAAGACGCAGCAGAAACAAACGACUCCGGCCUCAGUGCAGGAGAGCAGGGCAGCAGAGGAGACUGAAAAGGCAAUCGAAUGCCCCCUGGACAGAGAGGAACUGGGCAGGAGCUCGUGGUCUUUUCUGCACACUAUGGCAGCCUACUAUCCAGACACCCCAUCCAUAUCUCAACAGCAGGAGAUGACACAGUUUAUCAACCUCUUCUCAAAGUUUUUCCCUUGUGAAGAAUGUGCAGAAGACUUAAGAACAAGAUUGGAAACAAAUCAACCAGAUGCUAGCAGCCGCCACAACCUCUCACAGUGGCUGUGUCGUCUCCAUAAUGGCAUCAACAUUAGGUUAGGCAAGCCAGAAUUUGACUGCAGCAGGGUGGAUGAGCGAUGGAGAGAUGGCUGGAAAGAUGGCUCUUGUGACUGACAGCCCACCAACAUGAACGAAAGUGCAAAGAGACAAAGUGCAGGGACCAUGACUUUAGGCUUCUGUGGACUUAUCAUCCUUUGGUUGUAAUAAGGUUACAGUGACAAUCAAGAAUCAUACGUUAAUAUAUACAUGUUCAAUUUGCACUUAUCCUUUGUUCUAAUUAAGAUAAUAAUAUAUGGAUUUACAAAUGUCUAUAUUGUGUUUUUAAUCAAGAGUACAUCUUUCUGCAAGAUUAUGGCAUUGUGGUCCAUGUUUCAGAGGAUGGAAAUAGUCUCAAGGGAACUUGAGUAACUUUGUUUUAUUUGUGCUGCUGCUGCUGGAAUUAAAAUAUUCUGUUUAUUUGG